AUGGGCUCCCGGCUGAGCCGGCAGAGCAGCCUGGAGGAGGAGAGCGGCGAGGAGCCCUGCUCCGGCAGGCUGGAGAGCGGCCGGGGCGACUUCCACCUCUCCUCGCUGCUCCUGCACCCGCAGAAGCUGCCCGGGGUGCUGCGGAAAGCCUCGCCCGCGCCCUACGUGCGGCGGGUGGGGUGGCUGCGGGAGAUCCAGGCCACCAUCCGGGAGCACAAGCGGGAGCACGCCGUGCACAUCCUCCGGCUGCUCAGGAAGGACCUAGGACUGGAAGGAACAUUUCUCAAUGAAGUGCUCUACAAAAAUGCAACUUUCCUCAACUUGGUGGAUCCCAUCUCCCAUGACCUGCUGAUGAGCCUUGCCAGAGAUCUGCAAUGUCCCAAAAAGGAAUAUGACCCCUGGAAAUCCUCAGACAGGAUCUGCAGGCAGCUGAUUUACCACCUAACCCCGCACUCAAAAUGGCACCGGCACGGGAUGCCCCGCAGGAAGUCCCAAGUGUGCCUGAAGACCAGCCUACAGAAGAAGGUGAGCCAGGAUUCCAUGGAUUUGUCAGGGAUCCCCCUGACCAUGCGGGAUGUCCAUCGCAUGGCCUACUACCUGCAGAACAACGGGGACCACCUGACCUCGGUGGACCUGAGCUUCACGGAGCUCAACGACGACAUGGUGCGCCUGCUGCUGCCCUUCCUCUGGGCGCUCCCCAAGCUCACCCACCUGUCCCUCAACGGCAACCGGCUGACGCGGGCCACCAUGAAGGAGCUGACUGACACCAUGAAGGACAUGAACAAGUUCCCUUGCCUGGCCUGGGUUGACCUCGGCAACAACGUGGACGUCUCCUCCAUGCCGCAGCCGCUGCUCGUGGGCCUGCGCAAGCGCCUCAGCCAGCAGACCACGCUGCCGACCAUCUAUGAGGCGCUUGACUGCGACUCUGAGAUCGCCGGCGGGCACGAGGGCAGCCAGCCAGAGGAUGAAGCAGCCGGAAGCACCCCGCCACGUGCUUUUUCUCAGCAGGGCUGCGAGAGGUGA